AUGACUCACUCAACUAUCCUUAUUCUUGGAAUGAUUUUAGUCACUUUAAAUGGAUUUAGUGUAGAUAUAUCUGGAAGUGAUUGUUCUUGUGAUACUUUCACAACACAAUUAGAUUGUAAUUCAGCUUCCAGUUGUGAAUGGUCUAAUUCUGAAUGUGUUGAUAUUGAUUGCUCUACUAAAACUACCAUAUUGUAAUGUAAUGUUGCCAAUUCAAUUUGUGCAUUUACUCCAUCUAAUGAAUGUGCCACUUUUACAUCUUGUUCUGAUUAUAAAUACACAGAUGAAGCAACUUGUUUAACUAUUGGAUGCUUAGCAGAUACAAAAGGAACUGAUGGUUUAUAUCCAUGCAAAGCUAUUACUUCAAUAUUGAAGUGUUCAGAAUUGACAACAGAAACUGAAUGCACAAAUCAUCAUUGUUUUUGGAAUAGUUCAGCUGCUUGUGUAGCACCAACAUGUGCAUAAUAGACUACAGCAACAGAUUGUUUAGCAAUUAGAUCUGAUGUUGUUACAACAUGGUAAAUAUGUAAUUGGACACCAGCAACAAGUACAUGUGCUGAUGCUACUGGAUUAACAUAAACAAAUUGUGCAGUACUUACAAGAGGAUCAUAUUAUUGGAAUACUGAUACAAGUGCAUGUGAAGUUUGUGAAGGUUCAUCAAGUUAUUCAUAAUUUAUUACCUUGGGAUUAGCAUUACUUAUGCUUAUUAUUUGA